AUGGACUCAACAUUUCCAACAAAAAAUGCCAACGAGUUUGCCAACGAUUUGUUUGAGACAUGUAACUUGACUGAAAUUGAAUCUUUACAAAGUUCUUUAAAAAAAGAUGUGGAAAAAAAAGCAGACCAGCUAAAAUCAUUAGUAAGCGAAAAAUACCGUGAUCUCAUUGAUGCAGCUGACACAAUUAGUUCUAUGGCGAUAAUAGUUAGUGACAUAACAAAUGUUACCGAACAUAUUUUAAAAACAAACCAAAUAAAUACUAAUUCAAAUUUAGAUAGUAAAGACAAUUUGCUUGAUAAAUUUGCUGCUCAGUCAAAACUUUUAAUUGAUUUAACUGAACAAAUAUGGGAUUGUUUAAACUCGAGAAAUUAUUUAACUGCUACUCAAUUGUUUCAGUUGGCUUCAUGUAUUAAAACAAGUUUGAAUGAAGAUUUAAUUAAAGGGCUUAAAAAAGGUAAACCAUUUUUGGACAGGGUUUGGUCUACAAUAUCUCACUUCCAAACUACAAUAUCGGAUAAAACAAGACUAGAAUUGUCUGGUCACAUUACACCUGAAAAAGCGGCAUGUUGUUUUAUAAGUUUAUCAAUAUUAGAAAAAUUAGAUGCUCAUUCUUUAGUUAAAGAAUUUAUUAUAUUACGUUCAAACAUGUUGCAACAUUCGUUAACAGAAGGAAGUUCAGUUGAAAAAAAUAUUGAAAACAGCUGUAAUUUAAUUAUAAAUACUAUUUACAAUUUAUAUUUAUGCUUUACAAACUAUGAUCUUUAUAAUAGUGGAAUGAUAUAUCUACAAAUUAAGAACAUUUUAAGUAAUGGACCAAAUGUAUUAUCAUUAGUAGAUUUGGAUUAUUCAUUGAAAUUUGGACUUAUAUAUUUACCAAAUACUGUUAAGGAAUUCAAGAUUGACUGUAUGCUAUCCCCCAAUGAAUUAUCAAAAGAAUACAUAACUAAUAUUGUAACUAAUUGGUUGGUUUGGGCAAAACCAUUUGUUUGUACUAAAGUUACAGAAAUUCUGCAAAGUGUUCAAUCUUUCUCAACUCUUCGUCACUUAAAUCAAUUGUCAACCGAAUACCCUCAACACUGGACUGCUAUAUCUGAACAAAUUUUGUUUGAGUCUGACUUGUGGUCUGAAUUAUACUGUCCGCUGUUUGCUCAAAGAACUAAAGAGUUGUUAACCAAUCAUUGGGAAGAUGUUUUCCCUCUAAUUAUUUCAGAUAUUGACAGUGCAUUAAUACAGCCAGAAGAACCUUACCUGCAAGAUAGUUUAUUCUCUGAUACAGAUGAAUGUUUUGAAACCCGUUCGAUAGGUUGUUCAGACAGAACUGCUACAUUGUGCGCUUGUGUUGAAAGAAGGAUUUCAUUGUUGGUAGAUAUGUUAAGUGAAUUGUACUCUGAAGAUGAAGAUCCAUGGGCUUUAAGACAACAUCAAGGAAGUUGUUGUAACAAUUUUAUUAUUAGGUUGGGAAAGAGUAUGGUACAAUUAGUUGAACAAGACACAUUAACUGAACCUGGCAUAUUGUUGAUAGCUAGAUUUUUAUGGUUCUUGCCAAUAUUAUGUACAACAUUAAAACAGUGUUUAGUAUCAUUAUACCAACAAUUUAAUUUUUGGACAUUAUCAAAAGAAGAAAUGCAAAAUUCCUCCAUAGUUGCUUGGAACAAAUGGAUAGAAAUAGUGACUAAAAGAAUGUUUGAUGGUUUAAAAGGAAAUAUUUUUCCAAUUACACUUGGAGAACAACUAUCCACAAUUCCGAAGUGGGAUAUUUUGGAUAUAGAGGUGGAGAAAGAAAGUGGAGAAUUAGUUGUGUCAAAACUACAAGUUCCAAAUCAACCCACAUUUCCAUUGCAAAACUUCAUUCACGAUAUGAUCAGAUGUCUAGCUUUGACAUUACCUCCAAAAUUUGUUCAGGAGAAAACCAUUGCUUUGUGUACUGAAUGGAUAUUGAUUGAAUAUAGUAAUAAUAGUGAACUUGAAACAUCAUUGAAAUCUAGACAUCAGCUACAAAAGUUAUUUGAUCUCAAGUACAUCAAUCAACUUUUUAUUGGCAUUGAAAACCAAAGUUUAUCGGUCAUCUGUUCAGAGCAAAUAUCAGCAGUUGAAAAUCAAAUUGAUCCAAUCAAUUUAGAUGUUUUGGACGAAUACAUUGUUAAAAACGUUAAACGAGCUGUGGUCGCAACUAAAUGUAUUUUUGGUACUAUGUAUCCUAGCCAAUUUUCACAGUCAGAAUGUUCAGAUGAAGCAAAUAACUUAAUGUUCAGCACAUACAGAUUUAAAUUAUUUUUAGUCACAGAUUCUUAA